AUGAGCUCUCUCUUGGAAGGUCUGACGUUCGUGCGUCGCUCGGAGGGCGACAACCAGAAGGACGUGAGUUCAGAGAAGAAGCGGAAGCAGAAGAAGAAGGAGAAGAAGACAAAGAAGGAGAAGACGAAGAAGGAGAGGAAAAGCGAACAAGAGAGUGCGCAUACAAAGAGACACAAACGCAGACGUGAAAGCGACUACGAUCGCGAAACCGACGAGAAGCCUAAGGACGAGAAGCCCAACGACGAGCAUACAGCGGUGAAGACCACGUUGCAACGAGAUGAGUGGAUGUCCAUGCCCAUGUUCACAGAGUCCGAAGUGAACGAAAGUGCUCGUUGCAAAACUGCAGCAGAAGAAGACACUGAUCGCAAGCAAAAGAAGGUUCAGGCCGAGAUUGACGCAGGCAUGAGAGAACCCGUGACUGGUAUGGUCUAUGGGCUAUACGACCCGAAAAAGCCAGACGCCGAGCCGACAGUGUCUAGUGACAUGGUCCAAGGAGAAGAAGCUGGCACAGCGGGAAGAAGUGAAGGAGACAUGCCGGUGUUUGGCGAUGGAGGGGCAAGUUGGCGAGCAAAGAUGUUGAGGCGAGCAGCCGAUCGGGCGCGAGCAUCAGGCGUCGCGUUGGAGGACGUGGUGAACGAGAGAUUCGAGUCGGUGAGUGCACUAAAGAGCAGUGCUCGGGGAUCAGCGAGGGAUCAUGCGCACUUGCAGUAUAAACGACACCGGACUGAUGAGGUAGAAACAGUCAACAAGGUAUCAACGCAGCGACGGACGUUGGGUAUACGGCAAGAUGCAAAGGACAAGACACUGCUUUCGAAGUACUCGACGCGUGUCCAGCAAUCUGUUGUGACACACAACCUAGACGUUGAUCUUGCACGUUCUCAACCGCAAACGAACGGGUGCUCGUCACAGCGAAGAUAUGGUUUGCAAGAUGAUGACGAGGAACCAAUUGAUUACGACAAGCUGCCUUGUUUCGAAGACCGUAAUGCCAGGGCGAAGGCCACGGAACGUGUAGCUCAUCGUGAGCGCAACCGUGAAGACGUCAAGAAAAGCUCUCGAAAAGGUUACCGUCGUGGUGAGGGGCCUGAUCGUAGUCAAACUUGCAUUGGGGUACGACCAGACCUCGCUAAACGCUCACGUAUGUCAGAAGGUCGGUCGCGAUCUCGGUCACGGUGUCGGUCGCGAUCUCGGUCGCGAUCUCGGUCUCGUCAUCCCCAUCGCUCACCAGUUGACCAUGGCUCGGACUCUGCGCAUUCAAGCAAGACUUGUCGUGAUCGGCACAGAACCACAUCGCCGACGGCUGAAAAGCACGAAGUACCAACGCAAGCGGCUGCCAAAGGCGAGACGAAUCGAUCAAGUUGUUCCGAAGCAGAAGCGCGUGCUGAGAGGCUUUUAGUUGAACAACGCAAUGCGUUUCUGUACGGCAGUAAGAAGUCUACUGCUUCUUUAGCCACAGACGAAUUGGACACGUCAACGUUGCAAUUCGUGACGGAACAGCAAACGCCAUCUGCUUUUGGAGUAGACAAGACGCUUGACUCGUCUACGAGAACUAGCACAUCCAGUUCUUACGCGACACGAAGUCCCGACAAAGAGGACGGCAAGGCCGUGCUAAACAAGCUGGCAGCAAAGGCUUUGCGUGCUCAAAUGAUGGGCAAGACAGCCCUUUUUCGGAAGCUGACCGAAGAACUCAACGAGUUGGAGGCUAAGCUAGAGCGGGAGAAGAUAGCAGCUGCUGUUCCACACUUUGAGGCCAUCAGUGGUGCGUUGCCGCCUCUUGAGAAAGAGGAUAUGCUCUGUGGGUCACGCAAAGGGAAGAAAAAGCUUGCGAAGUCGAUAGAAACUGGCAACAUGGACGUGGCAGCGUCACUCGAAGCGCUGGUACGAGAAGAGCGCCUAUCACGUGCACAUGUCGAAAACGACGACAUGGAUUCCGUUCAUGCGCGGAACAUUUUCCGGCUGGGCUCGCGCUACAAGGGGACUGAAGUAAACGCUCAGAAUCUUUCCAGCGGAUUUGACGAGGAGGAACAGGUGGACAUGAGAAUGCUGCGACAACCUGGUUCGAACCUUACUCGGCGUGCCCGAUCUCAGCGGGAGCAUGUGACUGCUGUAAACGAGACAAAAGGAUGGGAUGAGCGGACGCGAAAGUGUCAGUUGUGUAUGAAGAGUCAAGGUUUCAAAAAACACCUGAUGCUGUCGUUGGGCGAGUUUACGUACCUGGCUGCACCGAAUCGACCUCGGUUGCAUCCUGGCCACUGCAUGAUCGUGCUGAUCGAUCAUACUUGCUCUGUUGUUCAAGCAGAGGAGCAGGCAAUUGAAGAAAUUGCACGUUUUCAGAGUGCAUUAACCCGCAUGUGUGAAGAGCAAUACGGCAAGAGUAUGGUGUUUAUCGAACAAACCAGCGCACCUCAUCGGAAGAGGCACACGAUAGUAGAGUGCAUUCCCGUUGACCGGGAGCUGGCGCUAGACGUACCACUUUACUUCAAGCAAGAGCUGAUGCAGGCUGACGGAGAGUGGAGUACACAUAAACCGAUCAUUGACACGAGCAAAGGUGGCAUUAGGAAUCACGUUCCGCCUAUGUUUCCAUACUUCCACAUUGAAUGGUGCACGCGGGAAAGCAGAGGCGGGUACGCGCACGUGAUCGAGGAUGAACACAAAUUCCCGCGAGACUUUGGUGUGAAUGUCGUGGCGGGUAUGCUUGAUGUGACGCCACCUAAUUAUGGACGACGUGAGACUCGUAAUCGUCGGUCAUUUGACGAUGAGAAGCGGGACGUGCUUGCAUUCCUAAAGGAGUGGAAGCCGCAUGACUGGACGCAAGAUCUUGACGGUGGAGAGAUUGACGCGAGUUGUGAACAGCAACAAAGUCGGUCGGAAGAUGCCGACCACGCAGUUUGA